CAAACUGAGUGCGGCUCAUUCUGCAGUUCUAACUUAGCAUGCGGCGAGAGUGGUCGUUUUCGUUUACAAAACCGUUAAACAGGCGUCGGCUGUUAGAUUAAGUGAAUUAAUAAGGCAUCCAAAACAAAAACAAAUAAGCAUAACGGUCGCAUAUUUCCCUUUUAUUCGCAUUACAAGCUAAUCUAGUCGGUGAAACUUCGGGGGUGUAUAAACAAAAGGCUGACACGCAAAUCGAUAGCCAAAUAAUCGCAAUUGUAUAUCAAUAUUUACUUAUGUUUCAUAAAUUACACAUUGGUAUCAAAUGCGUAAUGUAAACGUAUAUUUUGAUUUGCAUCAAAACAAAAGCGUCAGACAACUGCUGGGAUAAUCACCAGGAAAAACGACUACAACUACAAUAAACUAAGUAAAACAAAUAAACAACAACAACAACAGACAUCUUAAUUGAAAGGAAUAUAGAGAUUGCUUUGAACAUUACCAAACUAGAAUUCUUGCUACUCCUCUGACUUUAUCUACCUCAUCAAAAUGCCACAGAAAUCAAGAGAUCUUCGUAUUUGGAGUUCUGCAAGCCGCAGAGCUCUUUUCAUAGGUAUUUUAGGCUUCAUUCUCGGCAUUUGCGGUAUUUUAUGUGGCAUGUUUUGGGAGCAGAUAUUCAAUGCUUUACUAAAUAAGCAAAUGAUCCUUCGACCAAAUUCAGUAGUUUAUGACAGAUGGAAAAAUCCACCGGUAGAAUUAAAUCUAGACAUAUAUUUAUACAAUUGGACAAAUUCCGAAGAUUUUGGAAAUUCUUCUACAAAACCUAUACUGGAACAGUGUGGUCCUUAUCGUUUUGUGGAGAAACCGGACAAAGUUGAUAUUGAUUGGCACGACAAGAAUGCCUCGGUAACAUAUCGCAGAAAAAGUUAUUACUACUUUGAUGCUGCUGGCAGCAAUGGAAGUUUAGAUGAUGAGAUUAUAACACUCAAUGCGGUGGCAUUGUCGGCUGGUGCUAAAACCAAAUAUUGGGAUGUCAUGAACACACGAUUGGUUAAUAUGGGGCUUACUAUGUAUCAGCAGGAGAUGACGGUAACAAAAACUGUCGAUGAGUUGUUAUUUACAGGCUAUAGUGAUGAUAUGAUAACGACAGCUCGUACCAUGACAAGCAUAUUUGGUAAGAAGGUGGAGGUGCCUUUCGAUAAAUUUGGUUGGUUUUAUACGCGCAACGGCAGUGCCGAUUUAACGGGCGUUUUUAACGUUUACACUGGUGCUGAUGAUAUUUCCCGUUUAGGUCAAAUGCAUACCUGGAAUUAUAAAUCACAUAGCGGCUUCUUUGACUCUCACUGUGGUAUGACAAAUGGCUCGGCUGGAGAAUUUUAUCCACCCAAUUUGACACCCGACAGCAUUGUGGGUUUAUUCACACCUGAUAUGUGUCGCACGGUACCUUUGGAUUAUACAGAGACUAUGGAAAUCGAAGGGAUUAAAGGUUACAAAUAUGCUGGCGGUCCAAGAUCGGUAGACAAUGGUACCUUGUAUCCAGAGAAUUCCUGUUUUUGUGGUGGUGAAUGUACUCCCUCUGGUGUUAUGAAUGUCUCAUCCUGUCGUUUCGGUACACCAGUAUUCAUGUCAUUCCCACAUUUUUAUCAGGCCGAUCCGUCAUACGUCGAUCAAGUUGAAGGAUUGAAUCCCAAUAAAAAGCAUCAUGAGUUCUACAUGGUAUUGGAACCAAGAACGGGAAUUGCUUUGGAAGUAGUCGCUCGAUUUCAAGUUAACAUGUUGAUAGAGCCUCUGAAAGGAGUCAGUCUUUACGAAGAUGUGCCACGUACUUUCCUUCCCUUGAUUUGGUUCGAACAAAAAGUUCGUAUUACUCCAGAAAUUGCCACCGAAUUGAAGUUGAUUCCUCGCGUACUACUGGGCGGACAAAUAUUUGCCGGUAUCCUUUUUGCACUGGGGCUUUUAAUGAUGGGCUGGUAUCCCAUGCAACAGUUGUGUUCAAAUAGCAGCCGUAAUAAGUCAAGUAAAAUUCAUGGUACUGAAAAUGGUAAAUUGGGCCAAGCCUCACCAUGUGAGUUGAAGCCUUUAAAUCAUACACCUACAAAAUCGCCUUCCAUUCCAAAGAAGCGAAAUUCAGACAGCACACCUGACCAGUCACCGCUAUUGAAAAAAACUGCCAAAGAUGAGGCAACGACUGAGAAAUCUAAUCCAAUGAGCAGCAUUUCAAAUGGCAAAAGUAGCCAGAAUUAAACCAAAUCACUAGCCAUUACACCAUAUCCUUCCAAUAGGAAUGCCUAUGAGUAUACAUUAAUUGACAGUGUUGUGAAUGAGAAUAGUUUAUGACGACAGUAGUAAAAUAAGAACAUCAUUAUGGGCUGUUUACUUUCGAAGAAGCAUGCCAAAACGAGCAUAUAUCAGUUACAUUUAUGAAUACAUAUAUCAAAACUUUAUCAGAUAAUUCAUAAGUGUAAGCAGUCCGUAAGUUCUAAAGAACAAAUGUCAAAUACAUUUCUAAUACAUCGCUCACAUGUAGCGAUAAUUCGAUUCGUCGUUAAUCUCUUUAGAGUAUAUUUAGGGUUGCCAGGUGGACCUUUGUUAAACUCUAGCAGCUUUUUUAGUUUCAUCAAUACUCCCAUGGCAAAUGCAAAUGUAUCAUAAGAGAAUUCCCCAAACUAUAUAUCACUGUUGAUUUUUCUAAAAGUUUUAUAGUGCAUAAGGUUUUAUAUAAUAUAUCUAGAGAUAGUUUUUAGAUUUUAUUUCAUAAACCGGACUAAAAGCUCUAUUUCGUAAAAUUUUUUUUUACUAUUAUCAUUACCGUUAUGAUUUUUUUUAUAUAUUAAUGCAGUAUUUUUACGUACAUUGUAUAUGUAUAAUCUUCUGUCAAAUAUAAUUAUAGUUAUGAAGAACAGUCUUUGCUGUAGAAAAAUAAAGUCUUCAUUUAUUUUUAAAAUUAAACUUAAAAUUUUUAUCGAACAAAUGUGAAUUAUAAA